UACUGCAAUAUUACUACAGCUGUUCUGCGCUAUUACAACAGUAAUACUGCAUUGCUACAGCAGCUGUUCACAGUACAGCCUGAAGUGACUGUGGCACUGGUAUUUUUAGAGUACAGGUUGUAGUACUUUUAGUACCCUUAUACCUGAUUCCCCUCCUCCCGCUUCUUCUUUUCUGGCUGCAGAUGGACUUGGCGGCACCCCCUGGCCUCUCUCUCGUCUCCGUCUUGUCUCUGUUAGCAUGCUGCGCCCAGUUGUUUGCAGCUGUCCUGCUAACACAGAGGUAUGGUGGGCGGAGCUCUACUGAGGACAGGUUUAUCUUGCUGUGGCUCUUUUAUGAUGUCAUCGUCCACCUGACACUGGAGGGUCCAUUUGUUUACAUGUCUCUGGUUGGGACAGUGGAGGCAUCUACAGGGCCGCUGGCUGAACUCUGGAAGGAAUACGGGAAAGCCGACAGUCGCUGGUUGGUUUCUGAUCCGACAAUUGUCUCCAUCGAGAUGCUAACAGUCAUCUUCGCCUCUAUGCUCGCUCUGUUGUUGAUACAUGCAAUACUGAAGGACAAGUACUAUAGACACUUCCUGCAGAUCGCUCUGUGCGUGUGUGAGUUGUACGGUGGCUGUAUGACCUUCUGUCCUGAUUGGCUGCUUGGCAGCCCUCACCUGAACACAUCCACCUGGCUCUACCUGUGGGUCUACCUGGUCUUCUUUAAUGGAGUCUGGGUCCUGGUUCCGGUCCUGCUGCUGCUCCAGUCCUGGUUCAGCCUGAGGAGUCUGCACACACUUAGAGUGGACCAAAACAAUGCAGCUAAAAGACAAUAAUGUAACCGAUUCCAUUUAAUGAACUUACAGUGUCUUGCAAAAGUAUUCAUACCCCUUGAACU